AUGAAGAAGCGGUGCCUGGGCGGCGUCGGGGUGCUGGCCCUCGCCCUCCUGCUCGCCAGCGUGGCCCUGCUGGCCGCGCGGGUCUUGCAGCGAGCCGUCGACCGGCAGGUGCAGCAGGAAAUGGUGUUGAGGAAUGGUUCUGACACUUUAAGGCUAUGGGAGGAACCUCCACCACCAGUAUAUAUGCAGUUCUAUAUGUUUAACGUGACCAAUCCUGCAGAAAUCCUUAAUGGUGAGACUCCCUUGGUGACAGAAAUUGGACCGUACACCUACAGGGAACAGGUGCCCAAAGUGAACGUUCGCAUUUUAGACAAUGGCACAAAAGUAUCUUUUUUCAACCCGAGGACUUACGUCUUCAUACCAGAGAAGUCGGUGGGAGACCCACAAGUUGAUCUGAUCAGGACUGUAAAUUUGCCUGCAGUGGUUGCCAUGGAGAUGGCUAUAGCAAGUGGCAUGAGUCUCCCUGUAGAGUUUCUGCUCCUGCUGUACAAAGAAGAAAUGUUCUCAAUACAUUCUGUUCACGAGUGGCUGUGGGGCUACAAUGACAAAUUCCUCCAUGCCAUGCACAGAAUACGUCCUGAUGUCGAUCCGGAAUUUGGCUUUUUUAAUAAGAUGAACGGGACGGACGAUGGAGAAUAUGUUGUUCUAAGUGGGGAACACAGCUACAAGGACUUCACGAGGAUCGUUGAAUGGAAAGGAAAAGACAAACUGGACUGGUGGACGUCACCAACGAGUAACAUGAUAAACGGAACGGAUGGGUCUUCUUUUCACCCACUGAUAGACCCGGAGGAAACCAUCUAUAUUUUUGCUUCGGACUUCUGCAGGUCUCUGUAUCUAACCUACGAGAAGUAUGUUACCGUUAAGGGGAUCCCAGCCUAUCGGUUUGUGCCUCCCGCAUCGUUGUAUGCCUCUGGUGCCAUUAAUAAAAACAACGCUGGGUUUUGUGUGCCGGCAGGAAACUGCCCUGGGGCAGGGGUCUUGAACAUCAGCACCUGCAUGAAAGGUGUGCCAAUAUUAUUAUCACCUCCACACUUCUACCAGUCAGAUGAGAAGUAUGUCAAGGACAUUGAUGGCAUGCAUCCAAAGAAAGAGGACCACGAGACAUUUCUGGACAUAAACCCAACGACUGGAUUGCUGGUGCGUGCAUGCAAACGCUUACAGAUCAACACUUAUGUUCGAAGUCUCCCAGGUUUUUUUCAAACAGGCAACAUCAGGACACUGGUUUUCCCUGUGAUACAUUUAAAUGAGAGCGUGUUGGUGGAUGACGAUUCUGCGGAGAAACUGAAGGUCGCUCUGUUUGAAUCGUCUUUGCUAAUCAGCAUUCCCUAUAUCAUCAUGGGCCUGGGGGUUGUUUUUGGAGUCAUCUUCGUUGUGCUCGCGUGCAGGCCCUUCCGGCCGAAGGAAGAGGCCUCGGAAGACGAGAGAGCGCCACUCAUCCGGACCUCCUGACUCCGUUUCUCCACCCCUUCUCACAAAUGAACUAUGCAAACUGCUCUUAACAGUCACCGUGACACAGUACUCUUCGCUGUCUGCCCGUCCCCUCA